CCUUGGCUUAGGAGAGAGGGAGAGAGAGAGAGAGAGAGAGAGAGAGAGAGAGAGAGAGAGAGAGAGAGAGAGAGAGAGAGAGAGAGAGAGAGAGAGAGAGAGAAAGAGAGAGAGAGAGUUGUGUGAAUGUGUGCACGUCUGUGAAUGUAUGUGUGUGGAUGUGAGUGUCUGCCUGCCUCCCUGCCCCAUGUGUAUGCGUGUGUGAUCGAGAGAGUGGGAGGGGGGAAGUCAGUGUGUUUGUGUAUGAGUGUAGCGUGUGUGCGUGCGUAAGACUGCACCUCCCAUAGACAGGCUGAGAGAGCUACAGCAAAGGAGCUAGAGAGCGGGACAGCAGAGAACGUUGGAGCGUUGGUUCAAACUUGCCUCGUAUUGGACACCGGGAGUUUGGAUUUUUGUUGUUGUUGUUGUUGUUGUGCUUGAGCCGCUUCAAUCAGCGCAAAGAUUAUCUCAACUUUCUGAUGAUGUCUGUGGAAUCCCGCGGGGCAGCUUGAGGAGGUCUUUAUGAUUCAAUCAGGCAGUCAGACGAAGAGGCUAGUCUACGGGAGACGGAGGUCACAACCCACUUCUUUUACAAGGACAGCAGGGCCCUGAUCCAGCAGUGUUGCACACCACCACCAUGGACUAACCCUGACCCCCAGCCUUACUGCCCAUAGUCAUCUGGUGUGAGUGAGUGACAGAGGCCACCGUCUCCCCGCUGGAGCAAGAUGGACGCCAAGAGGACAGAGAUGGCACUGCUGAGCAACAGCAUCGCUGCCUACGCUCACAUCAAAGACAACCCCGAGAGCUUCGGCCUGUACUUUGUCAUCGGCGUGUGUUUCGGCCUGGUGCUGACCCUGUGUCUGCUGGUGGUCCGCAUCUCCUGCAAGCCGCGCACCAGGACGCCCUCCUCGCCCACGCCAGAGAAGAAGAAGCUCAAGGACCUGAGCGAGGAGACGGAGGACGACGACAGCGACGAGGAGGAGGUGGAGGAAGAGGAGGAGGAAGAGGAGACGCGCAUGGUGCGUCCCAUGGACCGUGACGUGGAGAUGGCUCUGCCGCUGACGCUGCCCACCACCGAGAUCCCGCCGCCCAGCAGCAGCAACCACACCAGCCACACGGGCGGCUGCUCCGACGGCACGCUCAGCGUCAAUGUCUUCACCUCGGCUGAGGAGCUGGAGCGGGCCCAGCGGCUGGAGGAGAGGGAGCGCAUCAUCCGAGAGAUCUGGAGGAACGGCCAGCCGGACAUACUGGGCUCCGGCACCGGCACGCUCGGACGGGUGCACUACUACUAGUUGGACUGCUUGAGGACAGACCCGCAUACUCAGUGCUUAAUUUGGCAAGCGGGAGGUCCCGGAGCGCAGAGGAUGGGUGGCUCUGUGAUGUCUUUCCCUGAGGUUCCAUCCAAGGUUCCGGAGCUCUCGUCUGAGGCUCCGGAUCUAGCUCCCACUCCUUGCUCCCCCUCAAAUUAAGCACUGCGCAUACUGUAUGAGUAGAUUGCGACUACUGUGGCACAAAAUACAAUCAUUGGACAAGUGCACUACCACAGUACUCAAUGGACGGGUGCACUAAUACUAGUUGCAUUGUUUGUGGACGGACCCUUAUAUGAGUGCAUUGCAUCUAUUGCGCCACAAAAAUACAAUCAUUGGACAAGUGCACUACCACAGUACGCAAUGCACCUACUUUCACCCCAUGAAGGAGUGCGAAGACAUGCCCGCAUGCACACAGUGGGAGAGUGCACUUAUGACUAACUAUCAACCCAAGGGCACUACUUACUAAUGGGGGGUGGUCAAGGAUAUUAGCAAGACCUGGAGGAACAUGCUGGGCAAGGGAAAGGGCACUCAUGGAAGGGGUGCGCUAACAACACACUCUCAUAGGAGUGCAUUACAAACACCCUUCGAUGAGUAUGUUUCAAUUAGUAAUGAUACACCGUAGUUACAAGUGGAUUACAACUAGUAAUGUGCACAUGCAGGCUUCGAUGAGUGUAUUAGAAUUAAUAACGUGCACAUUAGCGUGCCCACUUGCACUCAUUGGACAAGUGCCGUGCCACCGUACUGAAUUCAGGCACCAUCGGUCCAUGGAGGAUUGCACAAACUCGUACUGUGCCCACAUUCAGCACACACACACACACACACACACACACACACACACAC